CGGAAGACCUGUCACUGCGAGCCGAGCCUCCUCAGAACUACUUUCUCACACGGAGGGGAUCUAAAACCACAUCACACCCCCUCCCCAAAACACCGCGAGCGUCUCCGCAGACGCUCCUGCUCUUACUGCGCGUGCAGCUCCAUGGAAGUGGCCGGCUUCUACGACGAGGAGGGCGGCUUCCGCAGAGACCCCCACCAUACCCCCCAUCACACCGGCCCCUGGAGGCUCGGAGACCCGAUGACGGAGCUGGAGGAGCGGGAGAGAGCCAUCGACUUCAGUGCAUACCUGGAGCAGCAGAACCAGCAGAACCAGCAGAACCAGAACCAGCAGAACCAACAGGACGUGUUCUCAGACUUCCUGCUGGAGAACAAGAUCAAGAGGGGGGUCUCGGCUCUGCACAAGAACUACUCCCUGCUGAACCAGCUUGAGGACCCCCUACGGGACCCCCAGCAUUACGCGCACCUCGGCUACGCGGAGCUGCAGGACACGCGCAUGGAUAGCGUGCUGAACCCCGCGAGUCGGUACCGAGAGGACAGCCGGGAGGACGGGAAGAUGGACAACGGGUCUUCGGGCUUCGAUAUGCGGUCCUACAUCCACUACCAGCAGUCCGCCAGCGGCAGCAUGGGCAACCUGUCCAGCGCGUCCUCCUCCUCCUCCACCUGCUCCAGUCCGACCAGAACCCCCCAAACCUCGGCUCCGGGGGGCGGGAAGGUGUCCAGCAGCAUGAAGCCCAACAAGAAGAAGCGGCUGGACAAGGACAGCGACGAGUACCGGGUCCGGAGGGAGAGGAACAACCUGGCGGUGCGGAAGAGCAGAGACAAAGCCAAGAUGCGUAAUCUGGAGACGCAGCACAAAGUCCUGGAGCUCGCGGCGGAGAACGACCGGCUGCAGAAGCGCGUGGAGCAGCUGUCCCGAGAGCUGAGCACCCUGCGGAACCUGCUGUCCGCCACCGGGACUUGCUAGAACCGGGACUCACCGGGACUCUAAAGACACGGUACACGGGUUUACACGGACACUAUGGGACGCAUGGAUUAUUGCGCACGGAUUGUUAUUGCGCAAUCCUUCUCUGAUCGUUCACAUGUCUCGUCAGAUGUAGUGUGUGUGUGUGUGUGUGUGUGUGUGUGUGUGUGUGUGUGUGUGUGUGUGUGUGUGUGUGUGUGUGUGUGUGUGUGUGUGUGUGUGUGUUCAUAGCAGGAUUUUAUGAAAACAGAGGUCCAAAAUCACCCUGCUGUCGGGGACAUGCUCCCUCUGGUUUGGUUUUCUUGAGAUGUGUGGCUUUGAGACUUUUGGAGGGCACCUGGACUCUGACGUCAGUGGAAGUGCAUGGAAAUCAGGUUAUUGCACAAUCCUCCUCUCAGAUUGUUCACCUGUCCCCUCGAUGUCAUGUAUGUUUGUUCUUGGCCAUGUAUGCAGUACCGAGGUCCAAAAAUCACCCUGCUAUAGGGGGGGGGGGGGGGGUGGGGCUUCUGCUCUUCAGACGUGCUUUUUAAGGCUCUUAGGGGCGAAAGGUGGAAUUGAAUGUCAGUGUGCAGCAUGGUAAUUCAACUUGCAGUAGUGAUGCAUCAAAAUCAGGUUCAACAUUCCAGUGAGUGAUCCCCAGUGUGGUCUGUGUGUCCAAGAGGAGGCUAAAGGAUCCAGAAUGUGUGGGAAUAAAUGUUAGAUAUAAGUGAAGGUGGAAAUCCACACGACAGACACCUCCCUUCAAAACCAACACUUUAUGGCAGCGGAAUAACAGCACACUGCUGCACCCUGACAUCCAACAUGACUUCAUCGCCUCAUAAUCACCCCGAAAAAUAACCCCAGACCCGGACAUUGGUGUGUGUGUACGGCUGUGUGUGUGUGUGUGUGUGUGUGUGUGUGUGUGUGUGUGUGUGUGUGUGUUCAGUGUUUCUGUGAUUUCUUACAGUUUUAUCUGGAGCAGUGUGUGUCGGGGGAGAGUUUGUGCUGCAGUGAAAUGAUGCAACUCUCUGUAAUAGUGUUGGCAAUGAAUGAAAUAAGUCUUAAUUAUUUAAUAUUAACAGAGAGUGGGGGGGGGGUGCUGUAAUUGUACUUGAUAUUUUAUUGAAUUAAACAGAUUUAUACUUUUGUCUAAAAA